GCCCGUGCCUCCAGCACAGGGACGCCUCGUGUCUGGGAGACCCCCAUGCCCCCCGCCCCCCCACGCUCCCCGAGACCAGCUGAGCCGGGCGGGCGGGGAGAGGCGGCAGAAGCCCCGCAGCGGCCUGGAGUCCUGCAGGGGCGGGGGAGGCGCAGAGGGGUGGCUGGAGCGCCGCCCCCAGGAGGCGGGAGAGGUGGGGGGUGCCGGGCCGCCAGCCUCGCCGCCCCCAGCGCCGGCGCCCGGCUCCCCGCACACCCGCCACCUGCCGCCCCGCGCGGCGCUCGGACCCCGGGCCAGCCCGCAACUUCGCGCCGCCUGAAGAAACCCAGCGCCGCGGGCUUCUGCGGAGAAGCCCGGGCUCGGCCUGUGCCCAGGAUGCUGGCCCUGCGGCUGCUGAAUGUGGUGGCCCCUGCCUACUUUCUGGGCCUGUCGUUGGUCACUCUGGCACUGCAGCUGUUCCUCUUCCUGCCCAGCCUGCGCCCAGACCCUGCCUCUGCGCCGCUGCUCCCUCCCGCGCUGCUGCACGGCGCCCUCUUCCUCUUCCUCUCCACCAACGCGCUGGGCAACUACGUGCUGGUGGUCCAGAACUCCCCGGAUGAGCUGGACGCCUGUGGGGGGGCCCUGCGCGCUCCGCCCAGCACCCACUUCUGCCGCGUGUGCGCCCGCGUGGCCCUGCGCCACGACCACCACUGCUUCUUCACCGGCAACUGCAUCGGUGGCCGCAACCUGCGCAACUUCGUCCUCUUCUGCCUCUACACCUCGCUGGCCUGCCUGCACUCGGCUGCCGCCGGCCUGGCCUACAUCUCGGCCGUGCUCACAGUCUCCUUUGCGCACCCGCUGGCCUUUCUCACACUGCUGCCCACCGCCAUCGGCCAGUUCUUCUCCGGUGCUGUCCUGGGCUCGGAGAUGCUGGUCAUCCUCAUGCUGCACCUCUGGCUCGCUGUGGGCCUGGCCUGCGCCGGCUUCUGCUGCCACCAGCUGCUGCUGAUCCUCCGGGGCCAGACCCGCCACCAGGCGCGCAGGGGUGUAGCCGGGGGUGCACGGCCCUGGCGCAAAAACUUGCAGGAGGUCUUCGGGAAGCGGUGGCUGCUGGGCCUGCUGGUCCCUGUGGUCAACGUCGGAGGCGACGGCUCCAGACCGUGGGACAAGUAGCAGGUGCCCCACCAACACCACUAUCAGUCUGUGGGCAUCGGUGCCCCCCUGGACACAAGAGCACCCUGUCUCCGGACACUGCACCUCCGGCUAGCCCUGGCACUCAGCUCUGGGCUGUGAAUAGGACAGGGUAGCGUGGUGGCAGCUAGGUGCGGGCAGGCCUCUGCUUCUGCUGCUUCCCUGCCACGGGGUCCCUGCCCCCCCCUUGUCUGUCCCCCUGCCCCCGCCACAGUCUCCUGUCACUGGUAGACACUCGCCCAGAAUGGGAAUGGGGCUGGCAUAGGACAUAAAGUUACCCUGUGUGACAGGCAACCGGUCAGGGCCACCAGGUGUGAGGGCCACCAGGGGGGAUAGGGCACAGAGGGGUGCGAGAACCCAGUCCACUGCACACACUGACACAGCAGCCAUGGCCUGACACUGCCAGGUGCUGGCCGGGACCUGCCUGCGUGGACACGUCCUGCUGUGACCCUCCCCCAGCCUGUCCCUGGGCCUUCCUAGUGUCUUGCCAGGUGCUAGGGGGUGGGGGGACGAGGAAGAAGGAAGGAAAAAGGUGAGAGAGACAGCUGCAAAGUUGUGCAGAGAAAGACAGAAAUAGAGAGAGAGAGAGGUGGGGUGUUCCAGGAGGUGGCACAGUGGAUAAAUCAUUGGACUGUCACGCAUGAGCUCUGGAGUUCAGUCCCUGGCAGCACAUGUACCAGAGUGAUGUCUGGUUCUUUGUCUCUCUCCUCUUAUCCCUCUCAUUAAUAAGUAAAACAGAGAGUUGGCACAGCUGGCAGCUCAGGGGAAACUCAGAGCACAGUGAUACAGCCGCCCGCACUGCUGCCCCAUGUAAAGGAGAGACAGCACAGACUGUCCAAGUCGGACAGCAGGGCAGACGUCCACCCCACCCAUGUCUAGCAGACCCCAGUCUCUGUCACCCCCCCACCCAUGUUCUCCAACUGAGCCUGGAGAGACUGCACCUUGGUCCUGUCUCACACCCGCCAGAGGGCAGAGGUGGUACUGACUUCAUGCCCAUAGCCCUCUGUCCAGGCAGCCUCCAUGAGCUUAGCAGUGCUUAGCUGUGUGCUAAGUCCCCCCCCCCCCCCCCCCGCACUAUAACAAGGAAGCCGCGGCCCUCAGGGGCAUCUGGUCACUGUCCCCAGGCAUCGCCUCCUCCCCAGGUGGCAUCCUCACCCCACUUCCGGCCUUCCUUGAGAAGGAUUGCCAGGCAGCCCCCUCCCAGCCCCUGGCCUCUCCCAGGCUCUUGGAGGCUCGGCACUGAGGCCUGACGGAGGCAGGGGCAGCCCUCAGGAGUCAGCUCUGGGUUGACUGGACUGUUGGGAGUGACUGUGGGGAGGCUUCGGGACGUGGGGCCUGAGUGGCAUCUGUAUACAUGGUCCCCCGUUGCCAACGCAAAACCUCAAUAAAACUGUGGUUUCCAGCCGGA